AUGCCCCAAAUGGAAGAAACAUCUUCCAGUCUACACAUCAUCAGACCGAUUUCAUUGAUAAAUCUCCGUUUGAGUUACAGGCAACUCCCCAUCGCAGAACAAGACCGGCAUAAAACAGCUUUCAGUGUGAACGGCCAACGGUACGAAUUGUUGGGAAGGCAGUUUAGAUUGUGCGACGCCCCUGCGACAUUCAGAAGCCUACUGCUAAUGGUCCUAAAGAGACUCCAAGCGGUGGUUGUCUAUGGGGAUGACAUAAUUAUUUUCUCGGAGACGGACCAUGAACAUUUUAGCCCACUCGUAGCCGUCCUACAACGCCUGGAGGAAGUCGGUCUGAAGCUUAGUCACGAAAUGUCACAGAUUUUUCAAAAAGUUAUUAUGUGUUUGGAUCACAUUGUGGGGAAUGAUCAACUUCAGCCGCUUCCAGAGAAAAGCAAAGCAAAUCAAGAAUUCCACAGCCCCGAAAUCGAAACGUCAGAUCCAGUUAUUCCUUGGAGUGGUAGC